GAACACUCCUGGAGCUGUGUUAGGCAGUGGAAGGAGGGGAGAGCUGCAUUUAUUGAAUUCCUUUGUUGUUGUUAUUGUUGUAUUUUUUCAUGCUAUUUUAUUUUAUUGUGUUUUAGAUUUUCAUGUUUUUUUAUUUUGACUUUUAAAAAAUAUUUUAAUGUUUCCUCAAAUUUUUAAUUUUUCGAUUUUUAGUUUACUUUUAUAUUUUAUAGUUAUGAUUUCACUUUUUAUUUUAUUUUCAAUACCUUUUAAAUUUUUAUUUAGAUUUAUGUUUUAUUUUUAUGUUUGCGGUUGUUUUGUAUUUUUUAAUGUUUCCUUAGUAAUUUUUCCUUUGUCAUUUUUUCCUUUGUCAUUUUUUCCUCUCUAAUUUUUUCCACUAUAAUUUUUUCCUUUUUAAUUUUUUAUUUUUUAUUUUUCUCUUUUUAAUUUUUCUCCUUUUUAAUGUUUUCCUUUCUAAUUUUUUCCUUUCUGAUUUCUCCUUUCUCGAUUUUGUCAGGCACCCCCCUUUAAAACCGGGGUGCCUUCGGCCGUGCCACAACAAAGAUGGCGGCCCAACAGGAAAUGGUUUCAGCCACAAACAAGAUGGCAGCCGGAAGUAUGGGCAGCCACCUAAUGCCCCGCUCAAGAUGGCGGCUCGUCGAGCCGCCUUCGACCUUCCAAAGACGGCGGCCAAAAAAGGCGGGAAAACACAAGGACCACCCAUGGGCGUCGACCCAACUGCCUGCGCCCGACCCCGAAAACGGCGCCGCUCAGGAACAAUUUUCACCGUCGCUUCCCGGCGCGAGGGAGCUGUGUGCCCGCUGUGCCGCGCCGCGGUGCGGUUGCGGCAGCCAUUUUGGUGAGGCGCCUGAGUAACCAGCUACCCGGGGCCUUCGGGGCUGCCACAAAAAAGAUGGCGGCUCUACCGGAUGUGUCUUCACCACAACCAAGAUGGCGGCUACAACGGGCGGAAGGAACGUGACACCACUCUCAAGAUGGCGGCUCAGCGAGCUGCUUUCGACCUUCCAAAGAUGGCGGCCAAAAAGGCGGGAAAACACAAGGACCACCCAUGGGCGUCGACCCAACUGCCUGCACCCGACCCCGAAAAUAGCGCCGCCCGGGAACAACUUUUUAUCCUUUUACAGGAUCAGCAGCAGUACCUUGAAGUCGAGGUGUAUUUCACAGGUAGCAAGAAAACAAAGUAGACUUUUGAUUUUGUAGCUCUCAUUGUUUACUAACAAAGAAAUCCAAAACAAAACAAAUAAUAUUAUUAAAAAACCCACCCUAAAUAACAGAGAAAGAGAAAAUAGACCAAUAUUAUUUUAAUUUCAAACCACUUUCCCCCUUAGAAAACCAGGCUAAUGUAAUUCUGCUUAAUUGUGGUGCUGACGUGUUAGGUUAAUGAAUUAGCAGAGUUUUAAACAUACAGAAAUAGACACGAAUUUUGAAAAAUAAGUACAGAAAUAUAAAAAUAUGAAUAGAUAUAAUAACAGCAGAAAUAUAAAUAUGAAAAAUGAUAUCAUGAAUAGACAUAAAUACAAUCUAUAAUAUUACUCAUUACUUAUAUUAUUACAGUAGUCUAUAUAUUAUAUCCAUAGAUAUGACUAGAAAAAAGACAGGGUAAUGAUCAAUAUAAAACUAAUGAAUGUAAAGAAAUCAUGGAAUAGAGCUUAGAACAGAGGGGGUUUUUUUGGUUUGAAUUGGCUUGGUGGCAGGGGUUGUCUUUGAAGCGGUGGCCGGGUGUCUUUCGGGGCGUUUCUCUUAGGGGAUUUCUGUGCACGUUCUCUUUGGGGGGUCCCUUUCUGCGUGUCCCCGACGGGCGGGGAGCCCCGGGCCGGGCCGCGGUGCUGCCGCCCUGUGGACACAGCGCGGUACUGCAGCUCUGCCCCGUGCCCGGCCCCAAGGGGCCCCGGGCUGGAAGCUGGUUCUUAGUGCCCGAGUGCGGUCACUGCCCGGGAGCUCCUGUUCGAUUCCGCGCUCCCGGCCGUGUCCGUGCGAUGGCCGGGCCGCCCGCGGGACUCGGCAGCAGGAAAACACCGAGCGCUGCGUGUUUAAAGGGAGCCGGCCCCGCUUUCCCGUGCGGCGCCUCGGCCCGGCCCGCGCCGCCCUCAUGGAGCCGAGCGGAGCUGCGGGAGCGCGGGGAGCGGCACCGAGUGCGGUUCGACCGUGCCGAGCUGUCCCGAAGAGCGGAAUCUAAGCGACUGCAUAGCCGAGCUGUGCCGGUUAGAUCCGAGUGUGGCCGAAGAGCCGAAAACACCCGAGGAUUUCCGAACAGCCGAAAAGAGCCGAGCAUUGCCGAGAUCGGCCGAGUUAAGCUGAAGGGCCGAAAAUGGCCGAGUGCAACCGAUAACAGCCGAACCCAACCGCGUUUAGCCGACUGGAACGGAGUCGAACCGAACAAGCUCCGCCGAACCUCGCCGAGUUCGCCCGGUUUGGACCCUAUAGCCGCGGCCGAACCAAGGCUCUGCUGCAGGUGUAUUCGAGACAUCUUUCCUCUUUGUUUGACAGAAGGAAGAGGGAAAAAAAAAAAAAAAAAAAAAAAAAAAAGAGGAAGAAAAAACGGGAGCAGUUCCGGGGCGGUCCCGGGGCGGUCCCGGGGCGGUGUGCGCCGUCACUGCCGCCUUCUCGGCGGGCGAUUCCAAGGCGCUGUCGGGCUCUCUGCCGGCCGGUCGGCGGGCGGGCGGCCGGGACGCGAUGGCGCUGUGCCCGGAGCUGGAGCGCUCGCUGUCGCUGCUGCAGCCGGGCGCCGACCGGGCCCAGCAGCAGCAGGAGCGGCGGGCGGACGCGGCCCCCACGCCCAUGGUGUUCAUGUGCGCCGGCUGCGGGCGCCCCGUGGGCGACACCCGCACCUGGGGUUCAGUGUCGAGGACAGCGGUCCCAUCCUGCUGCGCAGUGAGUACCAGCGCUGCCACCCCCGUGCCGCCGCGGUCGCUGCCGCCGUGCCUCCUGCCCUGCCUCCCGCCGCAGCUGCGGCCGCCAGCGUCGCCGCGGACCCGGGGCGGAAGGGCUCCGAGCUCCCCGGAGAGUGCGGAUGCAUGGUAGAAACCCUACUCUGCUCUGGCUGCUCCAGGACCCUUGGCAGCAGAUACAUGCACGCCUCAAGGCAUCUCGACUGCAAGAGGGAUUUGUUCUGUGUCCGUACUGACUCUGUUGAAAGGUAAGUGCAGAAUGUUUAUGGGUCAGCC